AUGAAGCCAAAAGAAGGUGAACCAUUGGCAGUGUCAAUAACAACAUCGGAUGACAGACACUUGGAACAAAUACUGCUAUUCUUAGACAUAGCUGUCAGAUAUGAAGAUCAGCAUGCACUGCCUGUGACAUCUGAAGAAGUUGAACAGGGAGAGGAUUUGGGACCUUACACACCACUAGAACUUCCAGCUGUGAAUGAACUUUUUACAGCAAUUGUCACACAGGUGGAUGCAGUUGAUAAGAUGUACAUCCAGAAGUGCCAUGUGGAAGAGACAGAGGACCCCAAGGUGCACCUAGCAAACCAACAGCUGGAGGCCCUCCUCAGUAUAACCAUGGAGCUAAAUGCUUCAGCUGAGAACUAUCCUUCAGUAGAGACUAUCAGUGAGGGUAUGGCUUGUGUGGCCCAGUUCACUGCUGAUGGCUGCUGGUACAGGGGCUUAGUUAUUAAGGUGGAGGAGAUCUGUGAAGCUGCAGUGCUCUAUGUGGAUUAUGGGAACAAAGAAAUCGUACCAAAGGAAAGAUUACGUCAUAUCCCAGAAGAAUUUCUCAGUCUCCCUGCUCAGGCAGCCCCUGUAAAGAUUGAGGGCUUGAUUUCUCACUCUAUACAUGCUGCAACUUUAGAAGAUGUACAGCUGAUUUCUAAUGAACUUGGGGACAGUGUCAAGGUUGCUGUUGUAAAGGCCCAUGGUUUGCCAGCCAGUAUAGAAUUAUACACACACGUUCCUUGCCCUGGUCAACCUAAGCCAUAUGCGUACCAGUCUUUGAUAGAUCAAGGGAUUAUAGAGAUACAGAGUGAGGAGAGGAAUGCCUUGCCGUUUGAGAGCCCUGGUGGCAACCAGAAUAGGUCAGGCGUAACAACUGCUGUCACUAGACACUGA